AGGACAAGCAAGCGAAGCAAGCAACCAGCAAGCACCCCAAGCAAGCACCCAACAUACAAAAUACGCAUUGAUCAUAUACAUCCAUUUUUUAUAUGACCAGCCCAUUUCUAAUUAUUGACCAAAGAGUAUAUAUGCUAUUCUUUUAUGUAUUCUGUUUACGUUUAGUUUGACGUUGAUUUGAUUGGGACACGAUAACCAUAACCUGUUUGAGUUCUUUUAACUUUCAAUAUUUACGUUGUAUUUGUAAAAUUAAAUAAGAUAUUUUCUGGAUGAAGCAUAUUAUUUGAUAUAUUCAAGAAGUAAAAUAAAGCUUAACAAUGGUUUUAGCAGAUUUAGGACGUAAAAUUACGUCAGCCCUACAAGGAUUAAGUAAGGCAACGAUAAUUAAUGAAGAAGUUCUCAAUGGAAUGCUCAAAGAGAUUUGUGCAGCUUUACUUGAAGCUGACGUUAAUAUUAAAAUGGUUAAAAAAUUACGAGAAAAUGUAAGAUCAGUAAUAGAUUUUGAUGAAAUGGCUGGAGGCCUUAAUAAAAGACGUAUGAUACAAAGUGCAGUUUUCAAAGAAUUAAUCAAGCUAGUUGAUCCAGGCGUAAAGCCUUAUCAGCCUAUAAAAGGACGGCCAAAUAUUAUUAUGUUUGUUGGUUUGCAAGGAUCAGGUAAAACUACAACAUGUACAAAAUUAGCGUAUCAUUAUCAGAAGAAAAACUGGAAGUCAUGUUUGGUUUGUGCUGAUACAUUUCGUGCUGGUGCUUAUGAUCAAGUCAAGCAAAAUUGUACCAAGGCUAGAAUACCUUUUUAUGGAAGUUAUACUGAAGUAGAUCCUGUUAUAAUAGCACAAGAUGGUGUAGAGAUGUUUAAAAAGGAGGGUUUUGAAAUUAUUAUUGUAGAUACUAGCGGUAGACACAAACAGGAAGACUCUUUAUUUGAGGAAAUGUUGUCCGUUGCAAAUGCUAUAAAACCGGAUAAUAUAGUAUUUGUGAUGGAUGCAACAAUAGGUCAAGCUUGUGAAGCACAAGCAAGAGCUUUUAAAGAGAAAGUAGAUGUAGGAUCAGUAAUUAUUACAAAGUUAGAUGGACAUGCAAAAGGAGGUGGGGCGCUUAGUGCGGUGGCAGCAACCAAUAGUCCAAUUAUAUUCAUAGGUGUAGGAGAACACAUUGAUGAUCUUGAGCCAUUUAAAACAAAACCAUUCAUUAGUAAGCUGUUGGGUAUGGGAGAUAUUGAAGGUUUAAUAGAUAAAGUUAACGAAUUGAAGCUGGAAGACAAUGAAGAACUACUUGAGAAAAUUAAACAUGGAGAAUUUACUUUAAGAGAUAUGUAUGAACAAUUUCAAAAUAUAAUGAAGAUGGGACCUUUUUCACAAAUUAUGGGUAUGAUUCCAGGGUUUAGUCAAGAUUUUAUGUCAAAAGGUAGUGAACAGGAAUCUAUGGCAAGAUUAAAGAAACUUAUGACAAUUAUGGACAGCAUGAAUGAUAAAGAACUUGACAAUAGAGAUGGUGCAAAACUAUUCUCAAAACAGCCAUCCAGAGUGAUAAGAGUAUCACAGGGAUCUGGAGUCACAGAAAGAGAAGUAAAGGAGUUGAUUACCCAAUAUACCAAAUUCGCUGCCGUCGUUAAGAAAAUGGGCGGAAUUAAAGGCUUAUUUAAAGGCGGAGAUAUGGCCAAAAACGUCAAUCAGAAUCAAAUGGCUAAGUUGAACCAGCAAAUGGCGCGCAUGAUGGACCCACGAGUACUACACCAAAUGGGUGGAAUGUCUGGCUUGCAAAAUAUGAUGAGACAGUUACAGUCCGGAGCUGCUGGUGGACUAGGAGGUUUAGGGAAUUUAAUGGGAGGAUUUGGUGGAAAGUAACAUUGAAAUAAUAAGUCAUGUUUAUGAAUGAAUGUAAUAAUUCUGUAUGUUAAUUGUGUUUAAAAGAAAUUUAAUUAAAAUUUGGUUAUUUAAA